GCCUGCCUGCCCUGCAGUCUCUCUCUCUCUCUCCCUCCCGGAGAAAACAAUAUUCCCACACGUCAAGGACUAGCAGCCCACCAGCCCGGUUCUCUGCCGCCACACAUGCUUUUUGUCGACAACAGGCCUGCUGCCGACCACCUGCGACAAGAUGUACCGCUCUGACCGCGGUGUCGACUUCCCCGACCUCUCCUUCCACGUCCCUGGCGGCCCUGCGGAGCUGGGCUCAGCAAACCGAGUGUGAACGAAACCAACAACACAUCACGCUUGUACCUUCCCCUUCACCCACACAGGGCCUCCCUCAGCUGCUGUAGCUCCAGUCCCACCCUCCCUCUUCUCGAACCAUGGACAGCCCUCCUAAACUGUCUGGCGAGACCCUGAUUGUGCAUCACAUUCCCCUGGUGCACUGUCAGGUGUCAGGGGGGCGGCAGGGUGGCUGUGGGGGCUCACUGAAGAGAAGCAACCCGUUCAGCCCGCCGGAGAACCUGGGCCUGAGCCGAACCACUUCCCUUCCAGAGAGAGAUGUCCUCCAGAGAGAGGCUCUGCUCUACAGCAGCCUGAUCCAGACCUCCAGCGGCUCCUGGUCGUCCCACAACGGAGGAAGAGAGAGGAACGGUGGUGGGAGAGGCGGCAGCACGGCAAGCGAUGAUUCAUCGUUUACUUCGAGCAAUUCGGAGGACCAGCUGAUGGCAGCGCACACAUUACCAAGAGCUAAGCCGAGGAGCAGGAAUCCGCUGCGUCACAAUCCGUUCCUGCUGAAUACUGAGGAUGACGAAGAAGAAGACGAGGACGAGGAUGAUGGGGACAACCUCAGCGGUUACCUUGAGGACUCCUCUUUUCACCUCCACAGUGACACUAACUCUGCCCUUGAUGACGGGAUGGCUCCCUUCCGCCUGCAUGACCUUGGCUUUGCUUCUGAGCCCUUUCUUUUGCACAGCUCAGUGGGAGGAAGCAGCCGUGAGUCCCUGAGGGGCGUCGCUUCAGAUCUCUCCAACCACCUCGAAGACCUGGACAUCUUAGGUCUGGACAGCCAGCGCCGCCAUGGAAGCAGUGGUUCCAACAUGUCCAUGGACUGUGGAGAGCAGGACUGGGGCGAUGACGAUGAAGAUGAAGAUCAUCCUAUGCGGUGCGGUCGAAGCAGUAAGACGGGCUCCUACUCGUCAAGCUCCUCGAUCCAGCACUGCUCCUGCUGCGCGCUGUCCCAGACCUACCAUCAGCACUUCCCUGAAGCCUUCCCCGAGCCUUUUUCAGAGUGCCAGCAAGGCUACGGCAGCGACUCCUCUUGCAACAGCUCGGACGGUGUGCUCGUCAACUUCAGCGCCAUUUACAAUAAGAUGAACAACAGCGUGCCAGAGAAGCCGCCGGUCUCUGGGCACACCAACCUCAACAGCUCCACUGAGCACUCCUGCACCUCGUCUGUUUCUGAUCCACCAGGAAACCAGCGAGACUCAAGUGGAGGGGCUUUCUAUUUAGACCUUCACACCUCCCCAACUGAACCUCCUCUAUCACAGCAACAACCCUCUUGUUUUGGCAACACCUUCCCUCUCAUCCGUGAACCACACCUGUCCACCUCCUCCACCUGCUCCUGCUCCGUGGAGCACCAGGGGGCUCUAGACCUCGACGCCAACUGCAACUCCUACCACCCCCCACAUUCCGGGUCAUCUGGAGACCUGGCGUCCUGUCUGCAGAGCCAGGCCCGACUGGUUGUUGCCACCCAGAACUACUACAAGCUGGUCACCUGUGACCUUUCGUCCCAGUCGUCGCCGAGUCCUGCAGGCUCCUCGGUGAACAGCUGCUCCGAUGAGCACAGCAAAGGCAGCCCCACCCCGACUCAGCCCAGCGAGUACUUCCUGUUCAGACAGCGCGCUGAUGAGGAGGGCGUGCAGGAAGAGGACGAGGAUGGCGAGUCAUCCAGGCAGGGAGACGAUAAUGAUGAUCAUGAUGGAGAGGACGAGGAGGAGAAGAAUCAACAGGCAGUCGGUGAGGCUGAAGCUGCUCCCGCUGUGAUUGAGGGCCAGGUUUACGUCAACAUCUCCCCCCCUGUGGUUGGCCGGGGUGUUAUCGGAGGCGGUGCCUCUUCAGGAAGUCGUCCCCGUUCCCGCAGCUACGACCGCAACCUGGACAAGUCUCCGUCUCCUCGGCUCGGAUCUCUGGAGCGCAUGUUGAGCUGCCCUGUCCGGCUCAGUGAGGGCGCUGCCCCGGCCCCGCCUCCUCCUCCGCGGGUCACCUCCUUUGCAGAGAUCGCCAGAAGUAAGAGAAGAAACGGAGGUACGGGGGGGUCGCCGUCGCUGAAGGCAGCCCCAGACCCUUUCUCCUCCACUUACUCCACCCACUCCCACUCCUCAGUGGAUUUCUCUCCGAUCCCGGAGCAGCACGUGCAGGCUAACAAUCAGAGCCUGUCACCUGUACCUUUUACCAGAUGUUACAGCCAUGGCAGCAUUGAGCGACACCUGGAGGGGGCGAGGGAGACCCGGGCCAAGGCUGAAGGUGGUCUCUCCAGCUCCUCAGACAGCCGGCCAGCGGUGGUCCGCUACAGCAGGGACCAGCGGCCCACCACUCUCCCCAUCCAGCCCUUCACCUUCCACCACCAGUUCACCUCCAAGCCCCCGCAGCCCAAGCCUCUGCUGCCCCUGCUCACGGGCUACGUCUCGGGGAUGCAGGCCCGUUCCAGUUCCGGCUCCGGGUCUGGCUCUGCCUCUGGAGGUCCGGUGGGGGAGGAUAGUGAAGAUGCAGCUGAAAAUGUGCGGAAGUAUCAGGGGGCACUGGCUGGGGCAGCCCCUCCCCCCGGAUCAGUUCGUCCUUCACCUCUUGGGAGCUACUCCCCGGUGCGUCUCCAGGGGGCGCCCAGUUCCGGGACCUGCUCCACCUGUACCCCCAGCCCUCAGCGUUCACACAGCCUCUCCUGCCCGCUCUCAGCAGGCCUCGGCCCCCUGCAGACCCCGCCCACAGUAAAACAGGGGGGGGGCUCCGCGGCAUUACCGGCAACCCCGCCGCCGUCCCUGGGCGUGAAGAGAGGGACGGUGCCACCGAUGCUGCCGGCGGUGCAGGGACACUGUGUCCACCGUGGAGCUCUGUCCAGUUUACCAGCGCUCCACGGUGACACACUGAGCCCGCUGGGCUGUCUGGACUCUGGAAAGCACGGGGAGGGAAGCAAAGGACCUGGAGCCAGGACACAUAAUGCACACCACCUCUCUCCUCAGGCCCUCAAAUGGAGGGAGUACCGUCGCCGAAACCCACUGGGGGUGGAGAGGGUCUCUGGCGGCGUAGGAUCAGGCGUCCUGUCUGGUAACACAGAACCCCGAAGGGGCGGGGGAACACGGCCUGCCAGACGCAACGUGUUCGAUUUCCCUUCAGCGCCCUCUAGCCACACGCUGGGACGGAUUAAUGCAGGUCAAUCGGCUAAGCUACAGCAGAGCUACACCGAUUUCCUGCCGGACUACUUCUCCCUGACCGAGAAGCCGCCGGAGGAGUUCUGCCUCUCCCCCGACGCUUCGUCUUCAUCCUCGUCCUGCUCCUCCUCGCAGUCCCACAUCUCUGUGGACCUGACACAGAAGAGAGGUUUGGUGAAGGCUGUGAACACGGCAGUGGAUCUGAUCGUGGCACACUUCGGCACCAGUCGGGACCCAGAUGUAAAGGCUAAGCUGGGAAACAGCUGGGUGAGUCCCAACGUGGGUCACCUCAUCCUGAAGUACCUGUGCCCAGCCCUGCAUGAGGUGCUGCAGGACGGCCUGAAGGCCUACGUACUGGACCUGAUCAUCGGACAGCGGCGUUGUCAGCCCUGGAGCCUCGUGGAGGCCUCCACGCAGCUGGGCCCGUCCACACGUGUCCUCCACACCUUGUUCUCAAAGGUGAGCCAGUACUCGGAGCUCACCAGCCACAGCAUGAGACUGAACGCCUUCAUCUUCGGUCUGCUCAACCUGAAAUCUUUGGAAUUCUGGUUCAAUCACCUCUACACACAUGAAGAUAUUAUAGCCGCACACUACAACCCGUGGGGUUUCCUUCCCCUGGCACAGGGGGCAUGCCAGCCUCUCUUCGAGGAGCUCCUCCUCCUGCUGCAGCCGCUGUCGCUCCUCCCCUUCGACCUGGACCUGCUGUUUGAGCUUCAUCUCCUCCAAAAGGGCCAGGAGCAUCUGCGUCGCAAGGAGCAGCUGUGCUCCGCAGGCCAGAGUGUCGACCAGUCGGCUCGCUCCACCUUUCAGCUCAUGAGAGGAUGGAGCGCCACUGUGAGCGAAAUGGUCAGAGACUCGAGCGCCGAGGUGAAGAAGGAGAGGGCGGGGCUGAGACGAGAGGGGACGUGGCCGAGGAUGGAAGGAGCCAAGUCGAGGAGAGAGGGAGAAGGAGUAAAAUCAAGGCUGAGGAAGGAAGGGGGGACAACUGAAAGCAUGACAGCUGGACCUGUUAGCAGACAGACGGUGAUGGAAGUAGGGUUUGCCAAUCUUUGGAAGGAGAGGGGGAUGGGUGAGCAGAGAGUGAAAGGCGUAGGACAAGAGAGCCAAGGAGAAGGAGAGGACGGACAAGAGAAGGACAGGAGGAAGAAAAAAGACAGGGAUUCGGCAGAUGAGGGGCGUCAGCGGCAAGACAGACAGGCUGGCUGGUGGUACCAGCUCAUGCAGUCCUCCCAGGUCUACAUCGACCAGUCCACAGAGGGGUCAAAGUUCGUUAAGGCCGAGAAGAGGAAGAAGUCAUCUGAGAGACGGCAGGGCCAACUACCGCCCACCAGAGAGGGAGUGGUGGAGGGGGCAGAGUCAAGCCAAGAAGAGGAGGGCUACAGAAGCAGGAAAAGCAACAGUAGCUCCAGUGGGGAGUCAGCUGGAUCCGGGGGAAGGCCUUCAUGGAUGGGCAGCCCACCAGAGUCUGUUCUCAACCACGACAAAGAGACAAAGCUUCUGGAGGUUACAGGGACCGGAGCCCACGCAGCAUCCCAGGAGGAGAGCCCCUCACAGGCUCAGAGUUUGCGCUGGGGCAGGCUCUUUGGAUCUAGCGUUGGUUCUCCAUCCAGAACGGAGGGAAGUGAACAGAGGACGAAAGGUCAAAAGACCAGAGCCCCGUCAGGUUGGCUUGGUCUGGAUAGAUCUGUUCUUGACCUAGUAGCUCAGACUAUCGGAGCGGGGAGUGGGAAGAAGGUAGAGUCUCCGGCCACUGUCUCUCAUUCCCAAAACGCACCCCCGCCGACGUCAGUCCAACCAACUGAAGCCAAACAGCGAUCUCUGUGUGAGGUACGAGCGUUGUGCCACCACAUAGCCACCGAGCCGGGUCAGCUGAGCUUCAACAAGGGCGACGUCCUGCGGGUCCUGAGCAAGGCUGACCCGGACUGGCUGCUCUGCUCCCUGGGCUCCACGCAGGGCUUAGUCCCCAUCAUCUACGUCACCCUCAACAGCAUGGAGGACAGCCAGGAUGCCGCUGGACUGGACGGGCAGUGCUGAACCGAAGCUGCCGCCAAGUGGAAAUGAUGAAGGCCAACUGCUGUGGAGACGGAGGGUAUCCCUGCCAAAAGAAAAAAAAUUUUUUAAGGUGGGAUAACUGUACAUUAAGGAGAAUUCCUGAAAAAUAAAACACUGUAGAAAAUAUGAAGAUUAUGAAGACAGUGUACAGACACGUGCAAGCGAAGCAUGCAGGCUCCAACACAAGCUCACAUCUGCUUCGAGGGUACAUCCAGAUGAGUAUGCAUGCAUACAUCCGAAAAACCAAAAGACCAGACGAGAAACAAACAAACCCAAAGACUCUCAAACUCACGCGUCUUUCUCUGCGUGAAGCCGUGCUACCAUCUUUACCACGUGACUGUCCAGUCUGUAAAUCAUCCACCUCGACUCUCCACGGAACGAGGAGGGGCUCCACACAGGUGGUGGCCUUCGCUAUAUGAUAUUCUGUAUCCCACGCCUCGCUGCACUUUGCUGUACGGUCUCUACAUUCACCUGGCUGUGCCACACUUUGAACACAGUGCUCAGUUUCACCUCCCAGUCACACGACAGGUCGGUUUGGUUUGAAGUCCUGUUGCUUACUUAGUGCUUAGUGCUUUUUUUUUUUUUUUUGGUAAGAUUUAAGGUGGUUGAUGUAAAAGCAAAAAUUGUCAACUUCUUGUUCCACCUCUGCUCCAUCUGCAGAGGUGUGUGUGCUUCAGCAUCAGAGUAGAAAACCAGCCCAGUGUUUGUUUAGAUGGGACGCUCAACCCAAGAGAGAAGGAAGCAAACAGAAAAGUUCAAAUCUUUUUUCCAUUCCCCGUCUGUCUCAUUUGGUCGCUGCUCAUUGAAGCCUGUUUCUUUGGAGAAGAAGGGAUGGACGGACUUAGGAGCAAAACGACUGACAGGUUGCCUUUUAUUCGUCCUCUCUGCUCACAGAUCCCACCUCAGCUGGGUUUGAAUCAGUGGCUGAUGUUGUUUAAGUGCAUGUAACCUUUCCAAAAACAAAAAAAAAAAAAAUUCACCUGUGUUCCUGCCACAUCCUGCACCUCGGCCCCUGUUUAACCUCUCAUCAGAGAACACAUGAACACGUCACGGCUCUAUGAGCGAGUGAACGAGCUGCCACAGUCUGAGCCGUGCAUUCGAUCUGUUGCUCCACACUGUAAAUGCAUAUAUGACUUACACAUGUGGUGAGUUCUGUUUAUCUUACUGACCUACAGUUAGCUGAGGGACGCAUCUAAAUGGACGGCUGUGGAAAACAGGGAAGGACGUCCAGUGAAAGCAUAGACAGAGCUGUGGAGACGUCUUUUUGAAUGUGUUGGGAAUUCGCUCCAACCUGGAAAUUCAGAUUCAAAAUUAUUGCGAAUUAGUUUAAUGUUUUGAAACGUUUGAAAAGGGGUCAGUGAUCUUAACUAUGCCUUAAAGCGCUUGAGGGGAAAAAAAAAAAAAAAACGAGAGAACUGUCC